UCUCUUCACUGACAAAUUUUGUCUUGGUUUGAGACAACAUAAAAAAUAUCUAUGCACUUUGUCAUUAUUGUAAUGUUUCACCUACCUCAUAAAUCUACAGGAAAUGUUCAAAAACCAGAACAAUGAGCUAAGUGGUCUCAGGGGCCGACCAAUGUGCAAUUUUGUAGUGUCUCAGCAUCCAUUAAAUACGAUGCAAAUUCGAUCUAAUUAUAUAAGAAAUGUAUAAAAACUGAUAUAGGAUUUACAAAAGAAUUCUGAAAACUAAGAUGAUAGCUGAGUGCUUUGAUUUCCAGGCGGAAUCUUAAAUCCUGAAUCCACCACUGAUGUGGUCUGAUGAUACCUAACUCAUCAAUAUAUGAAACAACUAUGGCCUUUACAUAUUCAUUAAUUUGAUGUUGCAGCCUGCCCCAUUAAUCUAAUGGACCUUUUCUAAUAAAAACAGUGACUAACUGGUUCAAUAAUGCCUAACUAAUCAGUAUAUAAGGAGCCAUAUAAGCAUCACAUUACAUUCUUCUGCACUUUUUUAUAAGCAUUUCACAUUACAUUCUUCUGCACUUUUUCCUUCCCCUUUCAUAAUAGUACCAAGCCAAAAGGUACCUACAAAGAUGGAAGUUAAGAACAAGUACGUAUCAAUAAAAGCAAACAUAAAUGGUGCACCAGAAGAGUCAGACUUCGAGAUAAAAGUCGAAAACCUCUCACUUACAGUUGAGCCAGAGUCUAAGGUGGUGGUUGUCAAGAACCUGUUUGUAUCGAUUGAUCCUUAUCAGAUAAACCGGAUGAAGAGCCAAAGUUCAUCACAAACAUCGAUAAGUUAUGCAACUGCCAUUACUCCUGGCGAGGUCAUUGACACUUAUGGUGUAGGAAGAGUGUUGGUUUCUCAUCGGCCCGACUUCAAGAAAGGUGACUUGGUAGCUGGGCUACUUACCUGGGGAGAGUACACUGUUGUAAAGGAAGGUUCCCUGUUGAAUAAGUUGGAUCCUAGCCUGGCGUUUCCGUUGUCUUACCAUGUCAGAGUUUUUGGAUUCAGUGGACUUGCUGCCUAUGGUGGAUUCUUCGAAGUGUGUAAGCCGAAGCCAGGGGAGAAAGUUUUCGUGUCUGCUGCUUCUGGUUCAAUAGGACAUUUAGUAGGACAGUAUGCUAAAUUACUGGGAUGUUAUGUUGUUGGCUCUGCUGGUAGCCAAGAAAAGGUAAAU